AUGAAAUAUUUUCGACCAGAUUUACGUGUUAAAUUUGAAAAAUUAUUUAAUGAUGAUAGAAUAUUAGAAUAUUUAUAUCAUUGUAAUGCUCAAGUACCAACUGGUGAACAAGCUUUUCGAACAAUAAGUGAUGUACUUGCAUGGGCAAAAAAACCUAUGAUUGAUCGAAUACAUUUAAUUGAUGAACGAAUUCCAAUAUAUUUUCUUCAUGAUGAACAAUCAUGGGUUGAUAUUAAUUCAUCUGUGAUUGCACAAGGAAAACGUGAUAAUGUAUAUAUAGAUACAAUUAAAGAAGCUGGUCAUCAUAUUUAUGCUGAUGCACCAGAUGAAUUUGAUAUGUAUUUAAAAAGAAUUUUAAUCAACAGAAAUUAA